UCAGUCCAUUUCUCUCAGUUAGUGCGUCGUGUCAUUCCGCGCGGUGGUGUAGUACUGCACAGUUCUUUUAGAAUCUGUCUUAAUUUCACGAUAAAAUUCUCGACGCCGUUGAUCUUCGUAUCUCACAGGCUAUUUGUUUUGCGAUUACAGUUCAUCUCGGAGCAACGGCGUGAGAAGCGCAGUCCUAGUUUUUUGGGCGUUUGAAAUCGGACACCGCUGUAACGUCUCCCCUCUGCGCGGAGGGAUACACUGUUGGGGCUGACAAUGUGGACGGUGCUAAAAUGUCUACUCGGAAGAUGAGAUGUAACCUUUUUAGCACUCGAAAGAAUUAAAAAACAAGUUGAUCUGGAGUAACAUUUCAACAGAGUUAUAUUGUAAGAACUCGUUGAACGCGGACUGCUCGAGUUUACCGGGAGAUACGGCGCGUUUUGCACCGUGAUUUUGCUGGACCCGAGACACGGAGGGGGGAAAUUUUUGUCCCCCAACUUUCUGUUUUUCCUCCCGGACUGAAGCGCGUCUCUCUCCCGCUGGAUGCCGCGAGUUUGAAGCGAGAAACGGAAUAUAAAGCGAUUGACGUGUGUGUGUGAGCUGAAAUAAGAGAAAGUGCUAAAGAGACACACAGUAUGGCGACGGUGGGGACAGACAUGGACCAACUGAAUGACCUGCUGGACUUCAGUGUUAUGUUCCCUCAUCCAGUCUCGAAUGGAAAGACCAGAGGCCCAGCGUUAUCUAGCUCUCAGUUUGGAUUGGAUGAUAGAAGUGGUCCGGGCUCUUGGGUCUCAGGAGAAACUAACAGUGCCUCCUACAACAUACGGGCGUAUGGAGAGAGCACCCAUUAUCCUGAACCUGACGGUCUGGCGGCCUCUUCGUUGUAUGGUUUAGGCAUUGACGGUAAAUCUGACCGAGGUUAUCCGUUUGGCACACAGUCACAGCUCCUGUCGGGUGAUAUCGGCGUCUCUGGUUCAGAUAUGUAUAACCGCAGGAGGUUGCCGGACUCUGCCAUAGAUCCACCUCCUAAAAAGAUCCGUAAGGUUCCUCCUGGCCUGCCGUCGUCCGUGUCAUCGGUCUAUCAAAGUACAACGAGUGACAACUAUAACCAGGACAACAGCGGAUACCCUGGAUCCAAACCUGGAAACCUUUACACCCCCUCCAUUUACAUGCAAGAUGGGAUUCCAGAACACUGGGGACAAUCUGGAUAUUCACCUGUGAUGAAUAACUCUCCUCACAUGGCUCCGUCCGCACCCUUUAUUAACACACAGAAGAGGCAACCUUUGCCCCUGUCCCCGCAGAACUACCAGCUACACGGUAGUGACGUCAAUCUAUCCACAAACUUCCACGCGGCAUCUGCUGGAUAUGGAGUUCCCAACCACACGCCGCCCAUAAACGGAACAGAGAGCAUCAUGGCGAACAGAGCCGGAAACGCAGGCAGCUCGGGUGCUGAGAUCGGAAAAGCUUUGGCUUCGAUCUAUUCCUCUGACAAUAAUGGAAACAGCUUUCCUUCCACUCCUUCCCCUCCUGUGGGAUCUCCUUCAAAUGUUGUCGCGUCAGCAUCUCAGUGGCCUAAAGGUUCUUCUCAAACAGCUCCAUCACCUGGUUAUGAGGCGGGACUGCAGAGUAAGCUUGACGAUCGUCUGGGUGAAGCAUUGAACGUGAUGAUGAAUCAUGCGGUCGGUGGACAGGGCUUGGCCGCAGAUAUGCAGAGUUUAUUAAGCGCGGCGGUCUCUGGUCAUGGCGUGACGGCUCUGGGGUCCCUCAGUCAGGCUUUUGGCCUCACCAGUCGGCUGCAGGGCAUGAUGUCAAAUCACAGCGAUGAUGGCGCAGGUUUACUGCAGGGACACCACGCCUCUCAUCAGGCUCCGCCCACAUCCCAAUCUGACGGCUUUACCAGUCUUUCUGGCGGUCUUUCUCGCUCCUCUCACGCCUCCAGCUCAGAUAUAAAGCGAGAAGAUAAAGAAGAUGAUGAGAACAUGUCUAAUGCAGACAAAUCAGAGGAUGAGAAGAAAGAUGGAAAGAGCCGCACGAGAACAAGUCAAGACGAGGAUGACGAAGACGACGAGGAUUUGCCGGUGGAGGUGAAGGCGGAGCGGGAGAAAGAGCGCCGCGUGGCCAAUAACGCUCGCGAGCGUUUGCGCGUGCGCGACAUCAACGAGGCCUUCAAAGAGUUGGGCCGCAUGUGUCAGCUGCACCUGACCAAUGAGAAACCGCAGACCAAACUGCUCAUCCUGCACCAGGCCGUAAACGUUAUACUCAACCUGGAACAGCAAGUGCGAGAGCGUAAUCUGAACCCAAAGGCUGCGUGUCUGAAGAGGAGAGAGGAGGAGAAGGUCACAGGAGAUCCUCAGAUGUUGUCUGGUCUGGGUGGAGAUGGACACAGCCAUAUGUAACAUUCAGAUCUUGAUGAUGAGCUCUCCGUCGAUGUGGCCUUAAUCUUCUUGUUAUACAUCCAGUAUCUACACACAGACACACAUUCUUGAUUUAUAUAUUAUAAACAGAUGUGUUGAAGACUCUCACAUACACACACACACACACACACUUUUAGUACACUUCAUGAGCGCCUCGUGUUGCUCUAAAGUAAGUAUGUACUCUCAAACACGCAGUCGAUGUCAUGGACCAUUGUUGGAUAUCAGACAGAAGAAACGGCGUUGGAUUGAACGAAUGACCUGCUGUUGAGUCAAACUAUUACAGUGUGCUGUUAUAUAGCACAUAACUCAUCAACCUUUUGUAUUAAACACAAGGUCAAGCUCCGCUGAGGGAACACAAAUCAUUUUUUGUAAAACAUGUAUUCAAGUCCACUUUCUUUUCUAUGGCUUUGUGUUGAAGAUGUAGAAAUCGAACGGAUGGUCACUCUGAAUAAAUGAAACCUGUCGGGAACGUCUGGUGCUCACAUUUCACCCCAAAAUCUAAAGAGAGAAAUGAAAUGCUUUCACAUCUGUGUAGGACUAUUGAGACUUUUUUUUUCCACCAAUGAAGACGUUUCCUCUUUGGUUCUCAUUCAUUCAAUUGAAAAACAGGUAGUAUUUUAUUUCAGACGUUUAAUAGUAAAAGUCUUCUGUAAGUAAUACAGUAAAAGAAACUCACUACAGCAUUAGAAGCUCUGUUGAUUUUUUUUUAGAGGAGGAAAUGAUGAAAAAAAUCUCACUGGUCUUAAUAAAUUCACACACACAUAUAUCUAUAAUGUGUAUACUUUUGAUUUCAGGGGUGAAAUGUUGCAUUGUGUGUGUGACUUCCAUCCUAUUAUCUGCCACGACCCCUGACCUUGUGCUUUUUCUUCUUUAGUAUUGAGAAGCGUUGCAUGACACUUAGCUAUUCUUUCUCUUUCUUUACAAGUUUAUUACUUUUCUCUCAUCUCAUAACAAACUGAAGCAGAGAACCACACGAGCUCUCCGUGCAGACGCUAUGACUGAACUUUAAACAUUUCACAAAUGUAUUAUUACUUGUGUUUCUCAGUAGAUGUAUGAAUCGAACCUGAACUGAACUGAACUGUGCUUUGAUUUCUCUGGAGCAGAGAUCUCUGCUCGCACACAAACUGAUUUUUAACAGAUUUAUGAUCCGUUUGUUGCUAAAACUGUCAGCGUUGUUUGUGUGUUUUCUCAUCUUUACACUAUAGGAAUAUUUUCUCUAUAGCUGAAUUGGCUGCCAUUUCUUGUUUCUACGCAAAGUAGAGAAAUGUAGAUUGUGGGAUUUACAAAUCGACCCUUGGGUUGUAAAACCUUAUUUUUUUUAUAUAAAGUUCUGUUUAAUGUUUGUGUGUUUUUGUUAUUAUCUGUGUUGAUUGAAAUGUUAGAUAAAUGGCAAAAUCUAGGCCUAAAUUUUGCCAGGAACAAAUUGUUUCAAAUUUCUGUUUUUUUUUUUUUAUGUAACGGGAGAGCAUUGAAUAAUGAUUAGUCUUUUUCCUUGUAUAAGAAAAUAGUGAUGCCAAUUUUGUGUUCUUAUACAAAGAUAUUCCUUAUUGUUUAUAAGGUAAAUAAUCACUGUGCACAAUACUGCCCAAAUUUCCAAAACAGCCAACGGAGGGAGGAUUUCAUUGGUCGUCAUGUUUUCGUUCUACGAUGAAAAGAAGCACAGGACUUAAGUUUAUCUCUAGAGAUCGUUUUGUUUUCCUCAUUGUACUAACGUGGUCUUUUACAAGUAAAAGAUGAUCAUACUUAAAUAAUCUUGUUUUAUUGCAAAAAUGUCAAAGUCUUUAAGGAGCGAGAGUGGCCUUCAACAUUCUCCAGACUUCAGGUUGUGUGGAGUCUGACGGAGAGUGAUUAUGUACUCGUGCCUGCAUCUCUUCUGUUCAGUUUUAUCCUGGAGUCAGUCGGGUUUUUAUUCAAACGCUUCACUUGAGAAUAUUUUAUAAAUUCACAUUAAGAGGGACAUCAGAAUUUCAGAUGUAUGUUAAGUGAAUUCUUGCUCCUCUGAGCAAAUAAAGUACUUUCUUUGUAAGCUUU